AUGGAUCAGCUCCCAUUCGCCCCAUCACAGGAGGCGACCACCUUCAGACCCAGUACUCCGGAAAUCCACAAUUUGCAACUGGAUACUGGGAAGAUAUCGAGGGAUCCUGGAAUGAUCCCAAUACCCCCAUCACCCCCAAUAUCCAGCAGUUCUACACUGAUGAGUGCAACCGACUCAUCAAUGCACGAACUCUGGAAGAGGAUGAUGGAAAUGCCGCUAAGGGAACAGAGUGGUGAAGAACCACCUUCGAAAGGAUCAGCGAUCCUUUUCUCCCUGCCUGGGGAGUUGAUCAAGAAGAGUUCGACAGGGGAAUCUACUCCUCCCCCAGAACUCCAAGGGAGGCAUGGGGAGUCCACACUUGGUCAGACGUCUCCAUCAGAGGCUCCUAUACCAAAAGGAAUGUCUCCAGUUGGAGUCCGAACACUAGUUCUCUAUGGGGACCAGAAGUCAUCUGGCUCGAAUCCGAAGUUGCCUCAAAGAGAUCUGCUGGCCUCUAUAGCCAGGUAUAUCAAUGGUACCAUCAAGUCGCUCUCCAAAUUGUGGGCCAAGUCCGCAACCUGGCCAGGAAAAAAAGAGGAGUGGCUGAGGAAAAAGGGAUACUGGAUUGGGGGACCAUCUUUCCAGUGGAUUUCUGGAUCACCCCUGAAGAGGGAUCCUGGGAGCUACCCCCCAUGUCCUCCGGCUCACCUACCAAUGACACCUGGCUCCCCACCACUGGAGAUGGUUGGGAAUCCCCCUGGCCAGACACCUCGUAUGAGGUCAUAUGGCCCAACCCCAUGGCCUGAAUGGCCGUCUAUGAAGAACCAUGGGAUUCACUUUCCACCCCCAUACUCAUCGGAAAGGAAUACCGAACAGUCCCAGAGGAAGGAGACGGUGAUGAGACCAUCCACAUCUUUGGUGCUGAACUUCAGCACUAGAGACAUCUUCGAUACAAAGAAGUCUGGGGGAGACUGGACCAAACCACACCUACCAUCUGAGGUGUUUUGGACCACGUCUCUAGACCCAGAACUAGGAAAGAGGGUUCCCUCCCUUUCCCAAUCCCGAGGCAUGCCAUGCCUUGAAGGAAUGAACAUGGAUCGUCUCAAGAAAGAGAAAAGAAAUGCCCAGAAACCACAUUGGGAGGAGACAGGUCCAGAUGACGUUCUGCUUAAAGGGCAGAGCAAGGACCCCUCAACAAUGAACGAUGAGGGGAAGGUGUCAACGAAGGACUAG